AUGAGCGUGCAUAAAUCAACGUGCUAUGGAGUUCUUUUUGUUUUCUUUGCUGUCGUCUCUGCCUGGGAUCCGGUUGUUGAUUGUCUCGAUGGCGAGAAACGUGCUGAGGUCCAGCCAAUCCAGGUUGUAGACGGCUCAAUCACAUUUGACACAACAUUAGCCAGUACAAUUCUGAUACCCCAUGAGGCAUCGUAUGUAACCACAGCAGUUUUCGGCCUCGGUCCUCCUUCAACAUACACAAUUCCACCGCAGGGAACACCACCAGUAGGGACUGUCAUCAAGAGAACACCUCUAACCACAAUCACUUCAAUCAUCUCUUCACUGACGACUGCGCGGACACGAACAGUGACCCCUGAUCGUCCUGGUGAUCCCACCACUGUGAUUGUCGAAGAGCCUGAGUACAGAACUCGAACAGAAGGCGCUGAAGUUGAUCACACAAGAACCGUCCAAGUGGGCGAUCCCGGCGAUCCCAAGACGAUCACGGUCGGUCGGGAGUAUUACACCACUAUCACGGAGAAAGGGAGCAAUGGAGACCCUGUUACCAAGGUUGUUCGCGUCGACGACCGAACCACAAUUGUGGUAGGGCAGCCAAAGGCUACAACCAUAACUCAAACCAGAGACAUACAGUCUCCUGUCACGAGGACAAUCCAGCCAGACAGUUCUGGCGGCGUUAGCACCAUUGUUAUCGAAGUGCCAGGGUCUACACCUGUAUAUACAACAAUCACCCUCACCGGCAGCGUGACAGCCCCAGUAACAUCGACAGAACCUGCGCGUAGCUCAGAAGGAGCUGGGACGGUUCACAUCAUCGUGCCUUCGGACCCCAUUCUAUAUGCAACUGUCACUCGUGCUGGCACGGGGACAGGAACCGUGACAUCGACGCAGCCGCCCAAACACCCAGGAGAGGCAGGGAUCGUAUACGUCGACACACCUGCCCCGCUGGGCAGAUAUCACACUGUCACGCGCUUUGGAACUGGCUCAACUCCGACGACGUUUACUCAGACUCCAAAUGGGCCUGGUCGCGAUGGUGAAGUGGUUGUUGAAAUCCCAGUCACUGACGCGGACUAUAAUACUAUUACCCGAGUUGGCACAGUUACUGCCCCGACCACUAGAACGAUUCCUCCAAGCAACCCAGAUGGCACAGGCACGAUUAUAAUCGAGGUCCCUCCCGCACGCUGGGCUACCGUGUCUCAUGUUGGCAGCGUGACCGAACCAGUAACACACACAAUAUCUCCAACCCGCGCAGGGGACGCUUGGAGUGUCAUUGUGGAGUUACCUCCUGUCAACACUCGUCUCAUUUACACCACUCGAUAUGGAGAAGUGAGCAGCGCUUCAACUACGACCCGGUUCGACGGCUCCUCUAAUACAGGCUGGGUAAUCGUCAAUCUUCCAAACCCCAUGACAACUACACUCCGUGGCAGUGACAUCGACUCUCCAACGACGAUUACACAGGAGCCGGCAAAUCCAGGAGAAACCGGGGUUGUGGUCAUAAUAACGCCAUACAAGUACAUAACGACAACGAGAACGUGGACCGGAUCGGAAGCAACCACACUUACAAAGAAGCCCACUGAUCCGAAUGAAAAAGGCACCGUGAUUGUUCAAGUCCCAGCAGACGCAACGAAUUACGUUACAGUAACUAGUCGCUGGACUGGAUCGACGACCCAAACAAAGACUGUCCCCCCUGCCGAUCAAGCCACGGGAACAGUCAUUGUUUAUACCCCUGAUGUUACUCCUUUUGUUACUGUUACCGAAUAUUGGUCUGGAUCAUCAACAAAAAUGACAACCUUACCUCCGUCUGGUGCAGAUAAAACUGGCACUGUCCUGGUACAGUAUCCUGAAGAGUUCGUUGUAACCAGCGAAUACUGGACUGGAUCUGGAACGAAGACCGUGAUUAUCCCCCCCACAGGCCCCGGAGCUACCGGCACAAAGAAAAUACUUUUCCCAACCGCUGCUAUUCGCUACAUUGAUACUUCUACGACAUGGACAGGAUCUACAACUCACGUCUGGACCGAGUAUCCGUCCGGACCUGGAGAGACAGGAGUCAUACACCAUGAUGUACCAGCCAUGCGUCUUGUCACUGUAACCAAUUAUUAUUCAGGGUAUACCACCAGAACUUUCACACAAGAGCACUCUGGCUCUGAUAUAGCUGACACUGUUGUGGUCGAACUGCCAUGGAUCACCUCAUGGACCACUAUUACGAGCGCUGGUACGACGAGUCGUACAUCAACGCAAAUGCCAUCUGGCUCCGGCAGGCUAGGUACGGUUUUGGUUGAGAUACCGCCUACAGCUAUUGCUUGGACCACAACAACGGUUACAGGAAGUGCCAGUACCACUCAGACUGUUUCUCAGACGCCGGGCCCCGGGAAGACAGGGACUGUGAUCGUUGUGGUCCCUCCUGUUAUCGACCAUUACAUCACCAAAACAAUCACUGGCACUGGAAGUGUGGCAAAGACUAUCACCAAGCCCCCGACCCAGGCUGGCCAGACCGGCACUGUGAUCAUUGAAGAGCCUGCUGCUCCUGCUAAGUAUGUCACUUUGACAAGCACUUGGACGGGCAGCACAAGAAGCACCACUACCAAGCAACCAGACUCACCAGACCAGACCAGAACCGUCGUUGUCUUUGUUCCCCCAAGCAUCACACCAUACGUUACUACCACAAUCACCGGCACUGGGGCACAAACCGGAACCAUCACGACUACCCAAACUCCAACUGACACUGGCGCUACUGGAACUGUUUACAUCGUGCUGCCUCCUUCCGUCACGCCUUAUGUGACUAUUACUAGGACUGGUAGCGGUACAGCUGUGUCAACCACUACCCUGACUCCAACCCAGGCCGGUCAAACGGGUACAGUCGUAAUAAUCUUAACAACUGUUCCUGUCAUUUAUGUUACGAAAACAAGCACUUGGACGGGCAGUGCAGUCAGUACCAUCACAAAGCAACCAGGCUUGCCUAAUGAUCAGACUAGAACCGUCGUUGUCUUCGUCCCUCCAAGUAUCACACCCUAUGUCACCACAACCUCUUUCGACAGCACAAUCUCCGUGCCAUACUCUACCACGGUAGUUCCGACUCGUGCUGGUCAAACGGGCUCGAUUGUUAUUGUGAAACCUGUGAUUUACAUUACCAUUACUCGCUACGGAAGUGUGUCGACCUCCACGAGCACAACCGCCGGGGGGCCUGAGACUUGGAGUGUGAUAAUUGAUAGGCCACAGCCUUAUACCACAAUAACCCGCUGGGGAACUGUCUCGACUCCCUUUACCACCACGAAGGCCCCCCAGAAUCCGGGAGAGACUGGCAGUAUCUUGAUCGAUUUACCUCAGCCUUGGACCACAACGGUUCGCUACGGCAGCGUAUCGAUGUCUUCAAUGACAACUCAAAGUCCAAGAGUCCCGGGAGAAACCGGUACUGUAGUCAUUGAGUUGCCACAACCCUACCUCACUUCGACUCAGUAUGGUACUUUCACAGCACCUAUGACAAGAACACUCACGGCAGCGGUCCCGGGACAAACAGGAACCAUUCUGGUUAACCUCCCCGAACCUUACACGACUAUUAUUAGAUACGGUAGUGUCUCAGUCUCUACUGUAACCACAUUAACUCCCCAGAGCCCUGGGAUGACAGGGACCGUCCUAAUUGACCUUCCACAACCUUACUUGACAUCUACUCAGUAUGGCAGUGUAACAGUACCUACAACCAGGGUACUCGGCCCUUCCGUUACAGGACAGACGGGCACGAUUCUCGUCGAUCUUCCGCAACCGUAUACAACUCUCACCCGCUAUGGAAGUGUUUCUGUCUCUAGUAUGACUACACAGAGUGCACAGGGACCAGGCCAGACAUGGACAGUUCUUCUUGAUCUUCCGCAGCCUUACACAACCUCCACGCACUACGGCAGUGUUAGUAUAGCCACUACCAGAACGCUUACGGUAGCAGUACCUGGCCAAACCGGCACUGUUUUGGUGGAUAUGCCACAACCUUACACAACAGUUACCAGAUUUGGCAGUGUGGCUAUCGCCACUACCAGGACAUUGACCUUGGCCAGCCCAGGUUCAACAGCCACUGUUAUGGUUGAUCUUCCCGAUCCAUACACUACCACGACUCGUUACGGGAGUGUUUCGGUGAGCAGUAUCGCAACACAGACACCCACUAUUCCCGGCCAAACUGGAAUAAUUAUCGUCGAUUUACCACAACCAUAUAAGACUAUAACGAGAUAUGGGAGCGUUACCAUCAGCAGUAUUACAACCGAGACGGUUGCCAAUUCUGGGGAAACAGCAACAGUGCUACUCGACCUUCCCCAACCCUACACAACGAUAACCAGCUGGGAAGCUUCGAUCUCCGUCCCUUCAACCGUCACGCAAUCGCCUCAGAACCCCGGAAAUCCUUUCAGCAUCUUUAUAAAGUCCCCACAACCCUACACAACCACGACUCGUUAUGGCAGUGUUAGCUUGGACGAGACUACCACAGAGACAGCCACUAGACCUGGUGAGCCAUACAUGGUCGUGGUCAAAGUACCCUACACGACAAUUACCAUUACUGUACUGUACUCAGGUCCGUCUGUUUUAACAGGGCCAACGACAGUCUCGACAAUUCCCGCCUCUGGAUCGGUUCCUGGUACAGUCGUCGUAGCGACGGCUCCACCACAACCCGUCACGAUUACUCGAUUGUAUACUGGGACUGAAGUUCUCACCGCCCCUAUAGUCACUACAAUCCCUAACUCUGGGACAAUUCCAGGUACAGUGAUCAUAGAGACCCCUCAAGCUUAUGUGACCACGACUCGAUAUGGGAGCAUAUCAGUCAGCACGAUGACUACAGAGUUGCCUAUAAGCGCAGACGGUACGGCCCUGGUUAUAAUUGACUUGCCGCAACCGUAUAAAACAAUAACCAGUUGGGGAGGUGUCUCGGUUCCCUCAAGAGAAACACAAACCCCUCAGAGCAUCGGGGGAACCAUCACGGUAAUUGCACACAUUCCUCAACCUUACACAACAACAACCAGAUGGGGCAGCGUGACAGUUAGCAGUAUUACUACUGAGUCUGCGUCUGUUGAGGGUCAAGACGCAACUGUGAUUAUCGAUCUGCCACAGCCAUAUAUAACUGUGACUAGGUACGGAGGUGUGACAGCAAGCAGCAUCACCACACAGAUGCCGACGAUCGAUGGAGAGACUGCUUCAGUCUACAUCGAUCUUCCUCAGCCGUAUGUAACCACCACUCGGUAUGGAAGUGUGUCUGUCAGCUCUAUUACCACCAUUGACCCUGCAAGUCAGGGAGGGACGGCAAUAGUGAUAGUCGACCUGGCCCAGCCUUACACAACCGUGACUAGGUACGGAAGCGUCACAACCAGCAGCAUCACGACGCAGAUGCCGACAAUUGAUGGAGAGGCUGCCUCUGUGUUCAUAGACCUCCCGCAACGAUAUGCGACGAUCUAUAGGUACGGAGGCGUGACCGCCGUCGAGACUACCACCCAAACAGGUACUAUACCUGGGGACACCGAUACUGUCUAUUUAGAUGUGCCCUUCUCCACAACGACAGUAACCGAGCUCUAUACAGGAACAUCCUUGAUCACAGGGCCAAUAGCUAUCUCCACCAUUCCAGCGUCCGGGUCGGUUCCUGCUACUGUAGUAAUGGCUACUCCGCCGGUGUUUUCAACACGUUUCUAUACUGGAACGAGUAUCAUAACCGGGCCGAUUACCGUGACCACUCUAUCUCCUUCUGGAAAUGAUCGGGCUACCGUGAUCAUAGAGAAACCUCCCGUGACCAUAACCCAAAGGUACUCUGGGUCCUCGACUGUCACCUUGACUACAAUUACGCCAACUGCGACAGAAGAUGGAACCGUUAUCAUUGGGAUUCCCUCACUUCAACCUGUCACGAGAUAUCUCCUAUACUCGGGAACUUCUUCUAUCAACGCUGCUAUCACGGUGACAACUAUCGAGCCCAUAGAUACUAACGAUCCGGCAACUGUCGUUAUCGAGACACCACUUGCAACAAUCACGCGGGCAUAUACGGGCACAGAGGCCCUGUCUGGCCCAACGACUGUGGCUACUCUGUCGGGCACAGUAGUCGUCGAGACACCUCCAGUCUAUCUGACACGGUUUUAUACUGGAUCGAAUAUUCUCACAGGUCCAACUACAGUCUCAACGAUCUCCCCUUCGGGCACUCAUCCUGGCACAAUCAUCGUUGAGACUCCUCCCAUUACAAGUACGAAGUUUUAUACGGGCACGCAGAUCUUGUCGGGACCAAUUACCGUAACUACUAUUACGCCCACAGACACAGAACCGGGCGUCGUCGUGAUUGAAACCCCUCCGAUCACAAUCACCAGGUUCUACACAGGUACAGAGAGCCUGUCUGCUCCUACUACCGUCACCACAAUCACCCCGACUGGAACAGAAGCUGGUGUCGUUAUAGUUGAGAAGCCGCCUGUAAGAGUCACACGGUUCUAUACUGGUACAUCGGUAAUAACCGGCCAAAUAACUAUAACAACUAUCACCCCGACCGGUACUGAGGACGGGACUAUUAUUUAUGAGACCCCUCCUGUUACGGUGACACAGUUCUACACAGGAACAGACGUACUCACUGGCCCUCUUAUACUUACAACUAUUACACCGACCGGAACUGAACCAGGGACUGUGAUCCUUGCGACACCGCCAGUGACCGUCACGAGAUUCUGGACUGGGACCGAUGUUUUGACUGGCCCAACCACUGUUACAACGAUAACACCGACGGGAACUGAAGCAGGAACUGUGAUCGUCGAGACCCCUCCUGUGACCAUUACUCAACGUUAUUCAGGGACUUCCCUCCUAACCGCGGCAAUAACUCUCACAACAAUAACUCCCACAGGCACGGAAGACGGAACAGUCAUAAUUGCCACUCCACCGCCGGCGACUGUGACGAGCACGCGACGAUAUACCGGUACAUCUAGCUUGAGUGGCGCCAUUACAGUGACAACUCUGUCCGCUACCGGCACCGACGAUGGACCGAUCGUGGUGGUCGAGACACCUGCACCUCGGCCAUCCACCAGCUAUCGCCAAUACUCAGGAACAUCCAGCAUCAAUGCAGCCAGAACUGUAACCACCAUUGCGCCGACCGGCACGGACGAUGGAGGCGUCGUGGUCGUGGAGACCCCAGUACCACCUCCAGCUUUCAGUUGUGAUGAAGGAGGAUACUUGAUCCAAGUCCGAACUCUCUACAGGCUCAAUCUGGUCACAGGAGUCAACUCUCUGGUAGCACAGAAUGUCGGACCAGGAGCCCCUUCAGGUACAACCAACGGCGGAACCAUCAAUCCUAUUGGUUAUAAUAUUAAGGAUAAUCUUAUCUAUGGCAUUGUCCAGAUUGCAAACGGCAAGAGUCAAGUCAUUCGUAUUGGCUCCACAGGAUCGUAUACACUAAUGAACACCUUUAUUGAUGGAACAUGGAACACUGGAGAUGUAGAUUCUGAUGGCAUCUUCUGGAUCUCAACGUAUGGAAAGGCGUGGGCGAAGAUCGAUGUGAACCCAACAUCUGCGACCUACGGCAAGGUUCUUCAACAAGGAACCGCAACAUCCGCAAAUAAUUGCGCCGACUGGGUAUCUGUACCUGGAGGAGGUCGUUAUCUAUAUGCUCUCCAGGGAAAUACAUCGAAGACAGUCCUGGCAAGAUGGAGCCUCGACACUUUCACGUGGGAGAUUAUAAAAGAUUUCGGCCACAUCGCGGGCGACAACCUUUGGGGCGCGGCUUAUUCGGUCGGUAAUAAGCUCAUGUAUGCUUCAGAAAACACGUCUGGAGUUAUAUACCGAUUCAACGUCGAGACUGGAGAGAAAUCUCUUGUGAUUAACGGUCCGAAGACGUCGCAAAAUGAUGGAGCGCGUUGUGUGAAUGCUUCGCCUCUUACAUAG